GGGACCGCCGGGCGCUCGGGGAGGCGAACGGAGUGUGGAAGUACGACCUGAGCCCUCCAAUCCAGACCACAAGCACCCUGUAUGAGCGGGGCUUUGAGAAAAUCAUGAAGCGACAGAAUAAGGAACAGGUUCCACCUCCUGCUGUGGAGCCUAAGAAACCAGCAAAUAAGAAGCAACCAAAGAAGGUGGCAGCCGUCCCCAGCCACAGCCAGAAGCAGAAGUGCUUCCGCAGCCUGGAGGAGGCCCUGAAAGUGCUGGAUGUGGCAGCUCUGCAGAAGGAACUGGACAAGAGCCAGAGUGUAUUCACUGGGAAUCCCUCCGUGUGGUUGAAGGACCUGGCCAGCUAUCUCAACUACAAGCUCCAGGCUCCUCGGAGUGAACCCACGCUCAGCCAGCAUCCUCACGAUUAUCCCUACAGUCUGGUGAGCCGGGAGCUGCGUGGGAUCAUCCGAGGGCUCCUGAAGAAGGCACCAGGGUCUCUGGAGCUAUUUUUUGACCACUGUCUAUUCACCAUGCUGCAAGAGCUCGAUAAGACACCAGGGGAGUCACUACACGGUUACCGCAUCUGUGUGCAGGCCAUCCUUCAGGAUAAACCCAAGAUUGUCACCGAAAAUCUGGACAAGUUCCUGGAGCUGUUGAGGUCCCACCAGAGCCGACCAGCAAAGUGCCUGACCAUCAUGUGGGUCGUGGGGCAAGCAGGUUUCGCCAGCCUCACUGAGGGACUGGAAGUGUGGCUGAGGAUCAUGCUGCCUGUGCUGGGCAUCAAGUCUCUGUCUUCCUUUGCCAUUGCAUACCUGGACCGGCUGCUCCAGAUCCAUCCCAACCUCACCAAGGGCUUUGGCAUAAUUGGCCCCAAGGACUUCUUCCCACUCCUGGACUUUGCCUAUAUGCCCAACAACUCCCUGACACCCAGCCUGCAGGAGCAGCUGCGUCGGCUCUACCCCCGACUAAAGGUGCUGGCGUUUGGAGCGAAGCCAGAAUCUACACUGCACCUCUACUUCCCUUCCUUCCUGUCCAGAAUCACCCCUAGCUGUUCAUCUGAGAUGAAGAAAGAGCUCUUGGGCAGCCUGACCCAGUGCCUGACUGUGAACCCCCUCAGCACCAGCGUCUGGAGGAAGCUGUACCCCAAGCACCUACCACAGUCCAGCCUGCUGCUGGAGCACCUGCUCAGGUCCUGGGAGAAGAUCCCCAAGAAGGUGCAGAUGUCUUUACAAGAAACCAUUCAGUCCUUCCAGCUUACCAACCAGGAGCUGCUGAAGAGGGGCAAUGGGAACACCCAGCAAGUUGCUACCUGUCACACAGCCUGCAAGGGUUUGCUGCAGCGGGCCCAGGGCCCCUGGCCACCCUGGACCUGGCUGCUGCUGUUGCUGCCCAUCUUCACUGUGGGUCUCCUGUGCCAUGACUUCUGGUCACAUGGCUCCUUCCAGGCCUCCCUCACUGGUCGGGUGCUUCAGUCGUCUGGUCUCUUGCCCGCUGGCCAACAAGUGUGUGCCAAGCUCUACUCCUAUGGCCUGCAGGGUUACAGCUGGUUAGAAGAGACAUUGCCGGCCUGCAGCUCCUACCUGUUUACUGUGGUGUCACCCAGCUUGCAACUAGCCUGGGCCCACACCAGUUCUACUCUCAGCUUCCUUUCUACCCACUGUGCCUCCCACUUGGCCUGGUUCAGUGACAGCCUCACUGGCCUCUGUCAGAGGAUCCAGCUCCCUGAUGCUCUGCACCAGCUGCUGCAUUACCUGAGAGAGCUGCUCCUGCUUCUGCACCGGAGCGUGCUGCUGCCAGUGUGGCAUCUGCUGCUGGAGGCCCUGGCCCAGGCCCAGGAGCACUGCCACGAGGUGUGCAGAGGUGAGGUGACGUGGGAUUGCGUGAAAACACAGCUCAGCGAGGCUGCCCGCUGGACCUGGCUCUGCCUACAGGACAUCACAGUGGCUUUCUUGGACUGGGCACUCACCAUGAUAUCCCAGCAAUAGGCCCUGCCUCCCUGGUCACCGGUUCCUGUCGUAGGCAGGCCAUCUGAGACUGCUGGCGGACAGAGGGUGGCAGCUGUGAUAUUAUCUGGUGCCUGAGUUCCACCUCCAUGGUGGUUGCCCAAAGGCCUCUCAGCCUCCCACCCACAAGUCCACUGGAUACUUCUCAGGCCCAGUUGCACACACCAGGCUCUGCCUUUGGCUGGCAGCCUCUCUUAAGCACUCUCACCUCCUGCUCUCCACUUCCCUCCGUCUCAUUCCUAAAGCCCCAAAAGCUCAUCUCCAAAACAGUGAGACUCAGCAGAUUUAUCAGCCUCCUCUUCUAAUUCUUGGUCAUAAAUUUAACCACAAUGGAAAAAAGGAAGAGACUGCCAGAAGGAUCCACAAGAGUGGCCAACAGCAGCUUCCUCUCUACCCUUCUUCUGCCUGGGUGUGGUGUCACUGGCUGUGGGGCCAGGUGGAAAUGUCUGUUACCUCUAAACAUCUGGCACAGGCCUUGCAAGGACCUUGCUGUCCCCUUCCAUCAGAGUCCUGCUUCAUCUCUUUCCCCUGAGUGCAAGGGCUCUGCCACAAGGCUCAGCUUUCUCCACUGCCCACUCCACCGUCCACCUGGAGAGCACAGCCCCGGUCACUGUGCCUCAAGCCCCCGGAACCUCGCAUCAGCCUGCUGGGCUCACGAGUCAGCAUACGGCCGGGAGGGUGGGGGCCUGAGUAGAAUAAAGGACACAUUUGAUUUCUAGA